AUGAGUUUUAAUACAGAACCAAAAACUCUAUCCAUGUCAUACUCCGAUACCACAAUCAAUCCAUCAGAGGGUUGGUCAAGUCCAUUUAGCAUUUCACAAUGUGAAAGUGAUAGUUUAAAGAGUGCUGGAAACAGUGAAGAUGAAAAUGAAAAGAAUGAAAUUGUCAUCAAAUCUGCAAGCACUAUGGACAUCAUGAAUGCAUUCAAUUUACCUAUAGCACAUCAUCCGGAAACAACUAAAGAAAUGCUUGCAUCAUUUCGAAAACAACCAAAUCAUGAUGCUAAAAUUAUUAUUAGUUCCCUACCAGAUGCUAAUAUUCAAAUGUCUAGCCAGUCAUCGAUAUCAUUGACUGAAAAAUUAACAAAAACAAGGGUUCCAACAGAUCAGAUUGUUUCGUCAACGAUCCCGGAAAGAGAAAUUGUUGAAGAGGAUCAUGACUUAUCAAAAUGGUCAAAUGCUGAAGAAAAAGAUUGUGAUUUGAAAGUGAUGAAGUCAUCAAUCCAAAUAAAACAUCAUGAAAUAGUAAACAGGAACGAUCCAUGUGACAUCCUUAAGGCAAUAAUCACUUAUUCAUUCAUUCAAUCAUUUAUGAUUCUGAAAGCGAAAAUUAAGCGUUCUUUUCAGGACGCUUAA